UCCUCACCAGUCACCAGUCCUCACCAGUCACCAGUCCUCUCCAGUCACCAGUCCUCUCCAGUCAUCACCAGUCCUCACCUGUCACCAGUCUUCACCAGUCCUCUCAAGUCCUCACCAGUCCUCUCCAGUCACCAGUCCUCUCCAGUCACCAGUCCUCAUCAGUCACCAGUCCUCUCAAGUCCUCACCAGUCCUCUCCAGUCACCAGUCCUCUCCAGUCACCAGUCCUCAUCAGUCACCAGUCCUCUCAAGUCCUCACCAGUCCUCUCCAGUCACCAGUCCUCUCCAGUCACCAGUCCUCACCAGUCACCAGUCCUCUCAAGUCCUCACCAGUCCUCACCAGUGCUCACCAGUCCUCACCAGUCCUCUCCAGUCACCAGUCCUCACCAGUCACCAGUCCUCUCCAGUCCUCACCAGUGCUCACCAGUCCUCACCAGUCCUCACCAGUCUCCAGUCCUCACCAAUCACCAGUCCUCACCAGUCACCAGUCCUCUCCAGUCCUCACAAGUCACCAGUCCUCACCAGUCACCAGGCCUCACCAGUCCUCACCAGUCACCAGUCCUCACAAGUCACCAGUCCUCACCACUCACCAGUCUUGUCCAGUCCUCUCCAGUCCUCACCAGUCCUCACCAGUCACCAGUCCUCACCAGUCCUCACCAGUCACCAGUCCUCUCCAGUCCUCAAAAGUCACCAGCCCUCACAAGUCACCAGUCCUCACCAGUCACCAGUCCUCACCAGUCACCAGUCUUCACCAGUCACCAGUCCUCACCAGUCCUGUCCAGUCAUCUCCAGCCCUCUCCAGUCCUCACUAGUCACCAGUCGUCACCAGUCCUCUCCAGUACUCACCAGUCACCAGUCCUCACCAGUCACCAGUCCUCACCAGUCCUCACCAGUCCUCUCAUGUCCUCAACAGUCCUCUCCAGUCCUCACCAGUCCUCAUCAGUCCUUACCAGUCACCAGUUCUCACCAGUCCUCUCCAGUUCUCAUCUGUCCUCUCCAGUCCUCACCAGUCACCAGUCCUCACCAGUCCACAUCAGUCCUCUCCAUUCCUCACCAGUCACCAGUCCUCACAGUCCCCUCCAGUCCUCACCUGUCCUCUCUAGUCCUCACCAGUCUUCUCCAGUCCUCACCAGUCCUCACCAAUCACCAGUCCUCACCAGUCACCAGUCCUCACCAGUCAUCACCAGUCACCAGUCCUCACCAGUCCUCUCCAGUCACCAGUCCUCUCCAGUCCUCACCAGUCCUCUCCAGUCACCAGUCCUCACCUGUCACCAGUCUUCACCAGUCCUCUCAAGUCCUCACCAGUCCUCUCCAGUCCUCACCAGUCCUCUCCAGUCACCAGUCCUCACCUGUCACCAGUCUUCACCAGUCCUCUCAAGUCCUCACCAGUCCUCUCCAGUCCUCACCAGCUGCUUUAACCGGACUACCGGCCGGUUCCUCCCCGGUGUGUCAGGCUGCUUUAACCGGACUACCGGCCGGCUCCUCCCCGGUGUGUCAGGCUGCUUUAACCGGACUACCGGCCGGCUCCUCCCCGGUGUGUCAGGCUGCUUUAACCGGACUACCGGCCGGUUCCUCCCCGGCAGCAGCAGUAGCAGCUGAGGAGGAAGAGGAGGAGGAGGAAGACGUCCGGACCGUGUUUCCUGUAUGGGCAGCUGAAACCGGACAGAGAAUCAGACAUGUCCCGAAGAAAACAGGCCAAACCUCGAUCCGUGAAAG